AUGAAGGCAGAUAGAGAAUGUUCCCUAAGAGCACUGCAUAGUACACCUUUAACAGAUAUCUCAUCCGCGAUUCUUAACAAGGCAAAUGAUAGUGUUGUCACUCCCGAUAUAACUUCAAGUUCUAAAUCCAAUAGAUGGAGUCAACCAAGCAAUCAGGUCAAGCAUGUGCAAAGAAAUGCAGUUGACAUUAAUUUGUUGGGUGUCAACCUUUUUACCAAGUUCUCUAAAUUCAAUGACAACAUCAACAAUAUAGUAGAUGCAGAAAAUUCUACUAUGGAGAGAAAGAAAAGGCCUCAACAAAGAAAAACAACCUCAAGUGUGAAGCAAUCAUUGAUGUCAGAUACACAUUUAAUAAGAGAAACACAUGUGUGUGAUCAAGAACCACAGAUCCCUGAGACUUCUCAUUGUCAUCCAGUUGAUGAUGAUGAUUCAAGUUCUGAUGAAGAAUACGGUCUUCAAGACGAACUUUGGCACGUUGAUGAUGAUGAUUCAAGUUCUAAUGAAGAUUUUGUUCUCGAAGAGGAUCUUGGGCAUGAUAUGGCGCUAUCUAGCACAGAUGAUGAUUCAAGUUCUUAUGAAGAAUAUGUUAUUGAAGAUGAUCUUGGGCGAGAUAUUGGGACAUCUAAUACAAGUAUGUGAGAAUACUAUUAGUUCAAAUUUUGUGUUGGC